AAAAAAAAAAAAAAACAAUAAUAAUAAAAAAAUGUAGAUUUAAAUAAACAAGGCGAAGCUCUUCGAAAUUCAAUCCAUUUUCUCUCACUUCUCAAUCCAAUUCAAUCAAAAAAAUCUGUGUUUAGUUCCAAUUUCCGCCAUUAAUGGGGAACUGCUUUUCUUCAUCUUCAACCCCUCCCAAGCCCCUCCCCAUUGACUCUAAAUUCUCUUUCCCUUCCCCUCUUCCGGCCUGGCACCCCGAGGGCGCCAACAACGGCGGAGGAUUUGCUUCUGGCGCAAUCGACUUGGGCGGCGGGCUCGAAGUCCGGCUGAUUUCGUCGUUUAACAGGAUUUGGACCGCCCGGGAAGGUGGGCCGGAGAAUCUUGGAGCUACAUUCUUCGAACCCAGUUCACUUCCUGAAGGAUUCUUCGUUUUGGGCUAUUUCUGUCAAACAAACAGUAAAGCUCUGUUUGGAUUUGUUCUCGCCGGUAAAAAUAGUGGGUCCGCCGGAGAAGAAGCUCUCCAGAAGCCUGUGGAUUAUACUCUGGUUUGGAGCAGCGAGUCGUCAAAGAUUAAACGAGAUGGUAACGGCUAUGUCUGGUUGCCGACGCCGCCGGCCGGUUACAGAGCCGUCGGCCAUGUCGUCACAGUCUCGCCGGAGAAACCCUCCGUGGAUAAAAUUCGUUGCGUUCGAUCGGAUCUAACGGAGGAAUGUGAGAAGGAGACAUGGAUUUGGGGGCUGACGAAAUCAAUUGACGAGAAUCGAUUUAAUGUUUACAGUAGCAGACCAAAAAACAGAGGAAGGACGGCGACUGGAGUUUCAACCGGCGCUUUUGUAGCUCUGCCCCCUGCGGAAGCGAGUUCGCCGCCGCGGCCGUUAUUCUGUUUGAGGAAUUUGAAUUCGGUAUCAGCAGCUAUGCCGGAUCUGAAUCAAAUUGAUCAUCUGUUUCAAACUUAUUCUCCGAUUAUAUACUUUCACCCAAAAGAAAAAUACCUACCGUCGUCGGUGGAGUGGUUUUUCUCCGGCGGGGCUCUGUUACAUGAUAAAUCCGACGAGUCAAAUCCGGUUCCUAUCGAACCGGAUGGGUCGAAUUUGCCUCAAGGGGGCGACAAUGAUGGACAGUUCUGGUUAGAUCUUCCCGCCGACGAGGAAGCAGAAGAGAAAUUAAAAAAUGGGGAUUUACAAACCUCAAAAGUCUAUCUCCAUGUGAAGCCGAUGAUCGGAGGGAUUUUCACCGACAUCGGGAUAUGGAUCUUCUUCCCCUUCAAUGGCCCAGCGACGGUGAAGGUCGGGCUAAUCGACAUUCCAUUUAGAAAAAUCGGCGAACACAUCGGCGAUUGGGAGCACAUUACGUUACGGAUAAGUAAUUUCACGGGCGAGCUCUGGCGGGUUUACUUUGCACAACACAGCAAAGGCGAGUGGGUCGACGCGCCGUCGCUCGAGUUCGAGAAAGGAAGUAAAGUGGUGGCGUAUUCGUCGUUGAACGGUCACGCGUCAUACCCGAAGGAGGGGUUGGUGCUGCAGGGGUUAUCCGAGAUCGGGAUUCGAAAUGAGACGGCGAAGAGUGGACUGAUGCUUGACUCCGGUGAGAAGUACACGGUGGUUGCAGCUGAGUAUUUGGCGGUGGCGGAGCCGCCGUGGUUGAAUUACACCAGAGAAUGGGGACCGAGAAUUGAGUAUCCAAUCACGGAGGAGAUCGAAAGGGCGGAGAGGUUGCUGCCGGGGAGAUUGAAGGAGGGAUUUAAAGGAUUUGUGAAGAAGUUACCGAACGAAAUUCUUGGAGAAGAAGGACCAACCGGACCCAAGAUGAAGGACGCUUGGAAUGGAGAUGAACGGUAAUUCAAAACUUUUUACCCUCGCGGUAAAAGUCAUUCACCGUUCAAUUUAGAUUCAAAAAAUAACAAUAAUAAUUAUUGUAUUUCCUUAUUAU